UGCAGCCGCCCGACUCUGUCAGUGGAGGACGCCCACUUAAAUGCAGUUCCAGGGCUGCAAGGCUCCUAGCAUCACUCCCCGUGUGAGCAGGCAAAUGCAACAUGCUCUCCAGCCUGGGGUGUCUGCUUCUCUGUGGAAGUUUUGCACUUGCUCUGGGAAAUGCACAGAAAUUGCCAAAAGGUAAAAGGCCAGGCCUGAAAGUGCACAUCAACACCACCAGCGACUCCAUCCUCCUGAAGUUCCUGCGUCCAAAUCCAAACACCAAGCUGGAAGGCUUUCUCCUGGGAUAUGGCAGCAAUGUGUCUCCAAACCAGUUCUUCCCUCUUCCCACAGAAGGAAAAUUCACAGAGGCUGUAGUCGAUGCAGAGCCGAAGUAUCUGAUAGUUGUGAGACCUGCUCCGCCUCCCAGCCAGAAGAAGUCGUGUUCAGGUAAAUCUCGCCCUCGCAAACCUCUCCAGCUGGUGGUUGGUACGCUGACGCCGAGCUCGGUCUUCCUAUCCUGGGGUUUCCUCAUCAAUCCGCACCACGACUGGACACUGCCAAGUCACUGUCCCAAUGACAGACUUUAUACAAUUCGAUAUAGAGAAAAAGAUAAAGAAAAGAAAUGGAUUUUUCAACUCUGUCCAGCCACUGAAACAAUUGUGGAAAAUCUAAAGCCCAACACAGUUUAUGAAUUUGGUGUGAAAGACAAUAUAGAAGGUGGAAUUUGGAGUAAGAUUUUCAAUCAUAAAACUAUUGUUGGAAGUAAAAACAAAGUAAAUGGGAAAAUCCAGAGCACUUAUGACCAGGUCCACACAGUGCCAGCAUAUGUCCCCAGGAAGCUAAUCCCAAUAACAAUCAUCAAGCAAGUGAUUCAGAAUGUCACCCAUAGGGCUUCAACCAAAUCCCCAGACAAGACUCCUUUUGGAGGAACAAUACUAGUUCAUCUUAUCAUUCCGGGUCUUAAUGAGACCACUGUAAAACUUCCCACAUCCAUAAUGCUUGAGAUUUCAGAUGCUCUCAAGGCACAAUUAGCUAAGAACGAAACCCUGGCCCCGCCGGCGGAAUCUAAAACGCCAGAGGUUGAGAAAGUGACUACCCAGCCAGUAACAGUGACUCCGGAAACAGUUUCAAGAAGCACCAAGCCCACACUGUCUAGCGCAUCAGACACUGCAGAGACUGAACUAGUCGUCAGGCAGAAGACUCCAGAAACAGCACACUCUGUUCUAACGCCUGAGUUUGAAUCACCUUUGACCACGCUAGCUCCAAAAAGGUUCCCAGAGUUUCCCGAGGCAAAAACAGCCUUCCCUUUGGAGAAACCUGGGGGUACCUUGGCAUCAAGCGAAGAGCCGUGGGUGGCACCCGGAGCUAAAGUACCUGAAGAUUCCAGAGUUGGACAGCCUCAGACUGCAACCUAUGAUGUUAUCUCAAGCUCAACAACUUCAGAUGAGACCGAAAUAGAGCCGGGCCCAGCAACAAGUGAUCCUAUUCUGGACUCUGUCCCACCUAAAACAUCUAGAACUCCUGAACAGCCAAGGGCAACACUGGCUCCAAGCCAAGCAUCAUUUGAUUCACAAGAUGUGGAAAUCUUCACCAGUCCUGAAACGCAGCCUACAACAGCUGCUCCCCAGCAAACUACGUCUAUCCCUUCCACACCCAAACGACAACCCAGACCCAAAGUCAAGCCUGCCCCAGACCUGGAGAUGCGACCGUCUGCACAGUCAACAAAGGCUCCAAAAAAGACCAAACGACCAGGUCACCGCCCCCGUCCUAAAACCACACGUGGUCCAGAAGUACGGGAGUCCAAACCUGUUCCCAAACCACCCCAGAGACCUACAGAUACACGCAGGCCAGAGGUACCCCAAAUCCAGCCGGAAUUAAAACCACCAAAGCAAUUGCUUCCUAAACCCAAAGCCACACCUGACAUGCCACCAACUAAAGCCGCCUCUGAGCCAGUUACAUUUGGAACCAAAGCCCCUUCUCUGGCCAUAGCUCCAAAAGUGCCACAACCAGUAACUCAUCGUCCACGUCCCAAACAUAAAGCCACCCCCAGCCCAAAGACACCUCAGACUAAACCAGCUUCAACAACAAAAAAAGCCCGCCGUCCUCGUCCCAAACCUAAAAGCACACCCCAUCCAGGAGUGCCUCAGACAAUAUUGGUUCCUGCUACAAGCCUUGAACCAGUUAUUAGAACUGAGGUUCCAGAGAUGACAUUAGCUCCCCAACUUCCUCAACAACCAGACUAUCCACAUCCCAAACCUAAAACCACAAGGAGUCCCACGGCACCUCAGACAGAACUGGUUCCUACUCCAGUCUUUGAACCAGUUACUCCUUUAAAAGAGGAUGCAGUGACAACAAUAGUUCCUGUUACAGACCUUGAACCUGUUACAGACCUUGAAACACUUGUUACUUUUAGAACUGAGGCCCCUGGGACAACACUAGCUAGCAAAGUAUCACAAAGAACACGUCGUCCACGACCCAGACCUAAAGCCACAUUGAGCCCUCAGGCACCUCAGACAAAAUCUGUUCCUGCGGUAGUCCUGGAACCUGUCACUCUUACGUCUGAGGCCCCAGUGACAACGAUAGCUCCCAAAAGAUCACAACAAAAACAUCGUCCACGUCCCAAACCAAAGCCUAUACCGAGUCCUGAAGUGCCUGAGUCCAAGCCAGUUCCUACAACAGAACUUGAACCUGUGACCCUCAGAACUGAGACUUGGGUGACAACGAAAGCAAAACGAACCCGUCGUCCACGCCCCAAACCUAAAACCACAACAACUCCCGAGGCUCCGCUAACUAAACCUGUUGCUGCUACAGAUCUUGAACCCAGUGCUCUUAGAACUGAAGUCCCUGCGACCUCGGUUCUUGCUACAGCCCUUGAACUCAUCACUCUUAGGACCAUGGCUCCUGAGACAACAACAUUAGCUCUUAAAGCACAACGGACACACCGUCCACGUCCCAGACCCAAAACCACAGCAAGUACUGAUGUGUCUAAGUCGAAGCCGGCCCCCACUGAACUGCAAACUCUUGUUUUGAAACCAGUGACUUCACCAAGCCUAGAAAUUACAGAAGGGCAAUCUGUUUCUGAUGACCUGGAAUUGGUUACACUUAGUACUGAGUCACCAUGGAAGACAAUAGCACCCGCUGAAACAGACUAUGUAGAUACUACCACCAAAGACCCUUUCAGGCCAGAGGAGCCAAGGACAGAAGUUGUGCAGUCUCUUACACAUGUGUCUGAGCUUCCUGAGACCAUGCUAGAAACAUCAACUCUGCCUUCCCAAACUAUAAUCCUACCCAGACCAGAUGAGCCUCAGACUGAACCUGCUCCCAGGCAAACACCCGGCAUAUCUCCCAGGCUCAGAACAACACCACGCCCAAGAACCUCAGCAAAACUGCCAGUUCCUAAGGAACCCCAGCAUACUCCUUCAAAACCCAAAAUGCCACCAAGCCCCGAAGUGGCAGACACUACACCUGUUCCAAAAGGUGAACAACUUUCCCAUAAAGCAGACCUCGAGGUCUCUCACAGUGAAACUGUUCUGCCUCCUGUCACCUUUAGAGUUGAGCCACCAAAGACAACAAUAGCACCUUUAGAGACACGGGACAUCCCUCUCAUACCUGUGAUUUCACCAAGACCUAGUCAAGAGGAGCUCCAAACUGUCCAGGAAGAAACAGACCAGUCUACCCAAGAGCUCUUCACAACCAAGAUUCCACGAACGACUGAAUUGCCAAAGACAACUCAGGCACCACACAGAUUGCACACAACUCCUGUGAGGCCCAAAAUACCUGACAGACCACAUGCCAGGCCUGUUCUCAACAAAACAACUAUAAAACCUAGAAGGCCAGCCAAUGGAAAUGGAGUGGGAACAGGAACCAAGCAAGCACCUAAGCCGUCAAGUACUGGGAGAAACAUGACAGUGAGUUCACACGCCACAAAAAAACCAGCCACAAUCUCAGGGACUCGUCGCCCACCCAUGCCACCUAGACCUAAGCCCCCUAGACCUACGCCUCCACAGAGAAAACCCUUACCACCGAAUAAUGUCACCGGAAAGCCAGGAAGUGCAGGAAUCAUUUCCUCAGGGCGAAUAACUUCCCCACCCCUGAAGGCAACACUCAAGCCUAUUGGAACAGCCACAGAGAGACCAGAGGCAGAAAAAAAGCAACCAACUGCUCCUGCUUCUGAGGAAGAAUUUGGUAAUACAACUGAUUUUAGUUCAAGCCCAACCAAAGAAACUGACCACCUUGGGAAGCCCAGAUUCGUAGGUCCUCAUGUACGAUAUAUCCCGAAGCCUGACAACAGGCCCUGUUCCAUCACUGACUCUGUCAGACGGUUCCCUACAGAGGAAGCCCUGGAGGGGAAUGCUACCAGCCCACCACAGAACCCACCCACCAACCUCACUGUGGUCACUGUGGAAGGCUGCCCCUCAUUUGUCAUCUUAGACUGGGAAAAGCCACUAAAUGACACUGUCACUGAAUAUGAAGUCAUAUCCAGAGAAAAUGGGUCAUUCAGUGGGAAGAACAAGUCCAUUCAAAUUACCAAUCAAACCUUUUCUACAGUAGAAAAUCUAAAACCGGAUACAAGCUAUGAAUUCCAGGUGAAACCCAAAAAUCCACUUGGUGAGGGCCCUGCCAGUAACACAGUGGCAUUCAGUACUGAAUCAGCUGACCCAAGAGUGAGUGAGCCAAUUUCUGCAGGAAGAGACGCCAUCUGGACCGAAAGACCCUUUAAUUCAGACACUUACUCAGAAUGUAAAGGCAAACAAUAUGUUAAAAGGACAUGGUAUAAAAAAUUUGUCGGAGUGCAACUAUGCAACUCUCUCAGAUACAAGAUUUAUUUGAGUGACUCCCUCACAGGCAAGUUUUACAACAUAGGAGAUCAGAGGGGCCACGGAGAAGAUCAUUGCCAGUUUGUGGAUUCAUUUUUAGAUGGUCGCACAGGACAGCAACUCACCUCUGACCAGUUACCCACCAAAGAAGGCUAUUUCAGAGCUGUUCGUCAGGAACCUGUCCAAUUUGGAGAAAUAGGUGGUCAUACCCAAAUCAAUUAUGUCCAGUGGUAUGAAUGUGGGACCACAAUACCUGGAAAAUGGUAGAUGCAGCAAAAUUAUUUCCAAAGUACUUCUGGUUUGUUAUCACAAAAAGAAACAAAAAAAGGAACCCAUUGGAAAUACUAUGUUUGUCACAUCUAUGUAUAAAAGUUUGUAAUCUAACUGAUAGCAGUACUAGAUGUUUAUUAUUAGAAAAGAUUACGGAGAAUAUUUAUCAAGGUUUACAAAGUCAUUUUAAAAAAGCAAAAUAUUAACAUUAAUAGAUUAACAUUGUUAGGGAAGCUGGCUCCCUACUCAUGAUAUUUUAAGAGAUCAUUUGUAUAUUAUUUAUCAUACUGUUGUAAUGUUUUCAGAUACUUUUAUAACAAAAUUAAUGUCAAAAAUCUUUAAUAUGCUUUAUAAAAAGUAUCUACUUAUUGAUGUGUAUGUGUUGUUGGCGAGUUAAUUCCUUAAAUCUCUUCUUGGUUUAACUUAUUGGAUCAAAUAAUCUUCAGCAUAAUAUACAUGUGCCAAAAAGUGGUUCUAAUAUUUACAUUGAUGUAAACUUCCAUUUAGCAUCAGAUAAACAGAUUUUCAGUUAACUACCCAUGCUACUAGAAAAUUACUGAAAAGAAAAUCUUGAAUCUGUAUAAUUUUAUUUCAGCCAGAAACAUCUGAUGAGUCAAAUGAUAUUUUUUUUUCUUGUACCCGUAAGAGUAUGUCUAAAAAUACUUUCUUAAACUCUUCCUUUAAGCAACUUUUAAAGCGGCUCUAUGGUUCUGUUCAAGCUGUAUGUAGAGACUGAGUGUGAAGUCAGCAUGGAAAGAUAAUACAUGGUGAGAAACUAUUGUUUUAUAGGAAAUAUUAUAUAUUUAUAUGUUAAGGCCAUGACUGAAUGUAUCAUAGGAUGUUUUUGUGACACUGUUUCCUCAAGCUGUAACAAAACUGACUCAUUUUCAUGAAAAAAGAUAUUGCUUUCCUUCGUGUGUGGGAGAGAGCCAAGAAUAUUAUUGCUUGCCCUGAAAACUUUUCUGUUGUGUAUUUUUCAAGCAAGUAUAAACACUGCAAUAAAAGAUGUAGGUUUUUAAAAAUA